UGAAAUAAUUAUUGUCAAUUAUCAUAUUUCUGUAACACAAAUGUAUAUUUAAGCAAUAAGGCCAGAUAACUGAACAGACAGAUUUGCCUUUGAAAAUGUGCAGCAGAACUUUUAAGUUAUUUUAUCAAACAAGUAUUGUAACGUGAACAUAUCGAUACUUGGAUGAUAAAGCAUCCGUUUCAUAUCAGUAUGAUAUUCUAAGAAUUUGUUCUGCACGGAUUUCAAUAGGGAAAGAUUGCGUCCGUACCCCGCUCUCGUGUAUUUCGUUGAAAACAUUACUUUGCUGCGCGUUUGGUGUUGAACCUUUGUGGGGGUAACCACAGCAGAAGCAGCACCUCUUCAGUGUGGCAUCUCUCGGAAGGGAAGGCACUCCUGUGUCGCCGAACAUACAGGGUCAGGAUGGAGGUGUCAAGGAGGCGGAUCUUACAGAAGCACCUGCAGCCAGCCAGACCACUGCGGCGCUGCAGUACUGACCAGGACCCCUGCUUUAGAAAUGCUGAGCCAUCUGCGUGUGGACAAGCAGGAGAAAAAACAAUUAACAGUAUUGGAGUGGAACAGUUUUUUCAAAUCCUCCAUCUCCAAACUCAGACUCCACAAAAAGACUCCACCCCAACUAAAGUGAGGAUAUCUUACACUAGAGACUUCCUGAUUCAACUGGCCAAUUCCCCCAUUGCCAAAAGAAAACCGGACUUCUUACCAGAACAUCCUGUUGUUUUGGAAAAGGCGAGAGAACCUGGUGUGCCAAGGUUGGAGAAGAGGUUUGAUGAAAACAAUGAAAUGCUUGCCUAGGCUAACUUGGAGCCAGGAAGUCUGGUUGCUGCUGCUGCUGCUGCUUUUCAACCCACACACCACUACAACUUGCUCUGCCAUUGAGUGAUAUUCCAACAACAACAACAAAAAAUUCCCAGUUGAGCCCAGAAUACUACAGGCAUGGGUUGUGUCCCAAAUAGCGCCCUAUGUCCUAAUUAGUGCAAUACUUUUGACCAGGGCCGAUAGGGUUCAGAUCAUAAACACCCAUGACCAUGAGAGUUGUAAGCGAGGGGUAUAAUUAUUAUUUUUUAGUUCCUUUGACAAAUGUUGGAUCCUUUGGUGGACAUAAACCUGAAAAUAUACCAUAGCCUACGUUUUAAAUUGUGUGCUUCAGUCUAAAAUAAUAAUGCAUAGUUGAAUGAUGUGCCUUGAUGCUAACAAAUGCCCCUUUCACUGUGUGAUGUUUACAUAUGGCAUAAUACUAAUAAUGCCUCAGUGGAGGCCAUUGACUCUGAAUAACCUUACAACGACCUCCAAGACAAACAAUACAUUCAUUUAACCCUU